GACUUGGAGACUGGAGUGGGGCCUCAGGGCCUUUAUAUUAGUCUGAUAGAGGGGGGGAUGCACGAUUGUGUUGGGAGUAACUCCCGUAAGUGUGUUGGAAGUCCUGUCCUGUCAUAUGUCGGAUUUUCCGUUCCGCGAAACGCGAUCGCGCACGUUCCUCGGCGGCUGCACGAAGGAUUCGACGAAUUCCAGGAUUUCCAGGGUGAGCGCGAACGUCGAGGGUCGAGUGGACCCCAUUCUCGUGCGGCCCCCCCUCCCCCGCGUGAGCGAAACGCGCUCGGGCCCCGCAUCUGCUUCGAGACUCGAGACUCUCGAGAGUUGGAAUGCGGGAUCAACAUGGAGGAGGUGGCGGAUAGAUCGAUAUUGCUCGGUGAUGUCACGCACGGUCGCUGACUCUCCCGUCCAGCAUCCCGUUAACGGAGCAUGGAAUGGAAGGAUCAUGCCCACUCCUCUUUCCCAGCUUUGGGGAACAGAGCGGCUCUGAGCGGGGAGGAGGCUACUCGUCGCAGAAGGUCGGCGUUUAUCGACCAGGUGCGGACGCUAUCGACUUGGGCUACCACACCCUCGACAACAAUGCUUGCCGCACUACAUCAUCAUCGUCCUCGUCAACCCCGGGUGUAUCUAGCACGCCGACUCGUCAACAGCAACAGCAGCAGCAGCAACAGCUACCGCAGCCUAAGCACCAUCUGGUUCAUCACGUCACCGUCAAUGACCUCUGCCAGCUCGACGACAAUCUGCUGCUGAGGAUCUUUAGCUGGCUCGACACCCGCGACCGCUGUUCCCUGGCGCAGACUUGCCGGCGACUCUGGGAAAUCGCGUGGCAUCCGGCACUCUGGCGAGAGGUCGAGGUGCGUUAUCCACAGAAUGCCACCGCGGCGUUAAACGCGCUGACGCGCCGUGGUUGUCACACCUGUGUUCGUCGUUUGGUCCUGGAAGGCGCCACCGGGUUGCCCGGCAUCUUCGCUCAACUGCCGUACCUCAAUCUGACCUCCCUAGUGUUGCGACACUCGCGUCGAGUCACCGACGCCAACGUCACCACCGUUCUGGACAGCUGUGCUCAUCUCAGAGAGCUUGACUUGACUGGCUGUUCUAAUGUUACUCGUGCUUGCGGUCGUACCACUAUUUUACAGCUGCAGUCGCUCGAUCUUAGCGACUGCCAUGGCGUCGAGGAUUCCGGCCUGAUGCUAAGCAUGUCGCGCAUGCCGCAUCUGGGAUGCCUUUACCUACGUAGGUGCAGCCGCAUCACCGACUCCAGCUUGGCUACCAUCGCUUCCUACUGCGCCAACCUGCGUCAGCUGUCGGUGUCGGAUUGCAUGAAAGUUACGGAUUUCGGGGUGCGCGAGCUGGCGGCACGUCUCGGCCCAUCGCUCCGUUACUUCUCCGUAGGCAAAUGCGACCGUGUGUCCGACGCUGGUCUGCUGGUCGUCGCCCGUCAUUGCUACAAGCUGCGCUACCUGAACGCUCGUGGUUGCGAGGCGCUUAGCGACAGCGCGACCAUCGCCCUGGCGCGCGGUUGUCCGCGUAUGCGCGCCCUGGACAUAGGCAAAUGCGACAUCGGCGACGCGACUCUCGAGGCACUCUCUACCGGAUGUCCGAAUCUGAAGAAGCUGUCCCUGUGCGGAUGCGAGAGGAUCACCGACGCUGGUCUCGAGGCCUUGGCCUACUACGUGCGUGGCCUGCGGCAACUCAACAUCGGCGAGUGCUCCAGAGUCACGUGGGUCGGCUACCGCGCGGUUAAACGCUACUGCCGACGUUGCGUCAUAGAGCAUACUAACCCUGGAUUCUCCAGCUGAUGUCAUCUAAUUAACAACGCCACUCGUAUUAAGGAUCCCGAGCAACAGCGUGGAAGUAUUCUCGGAAAAAAAUACUCCGAAGAGGAGAAUAUUCCGAUGAAUUCUCUGGAAAAGGGACUUUAAAGUAUAUCCUGAGAAUAUUAAAAAUAGGAAUUAUGUUGAUAUAGUAUAUUGAGAAUACAUUCUCUAGUAUAAUUUAUAAAGAUGUUCGAAUAUUCUCAGGAUAUUCGCUUAUUUCGUAACACUAAUCUCAAGUGCCAGAGUGUAAUAUAGCGGAAGUUUAUAGAGAAUUGUAAACCCAAUUUUUUAUCAAAGUUUAUGCGAUAAUGUUAUUUUUGAUACGGCGCGACGAAAAGAAAAACAAUGAAGGUGAAUUAUCAAUUUUUGAGAUCGAUAACUUGUAUCACAUCUAUUUAUUAAUAAACACCGUUUCGUCGCUCUCAUAUUUGUAAAAAGAUU